UUAUCUUUUUUUUAAUUCGUAGAUGGGUUGGAUCGCUGUUGUUAAUCAGUUCAAGCAGACUUGGCUCACUACACUUCUCAGUCUAGUUUUAUUCUCUGGUGUUACCUAUUUUUUAGUUUGGUCUGAGUAUCAAACUAUUCAAAGUAAUCUGAUGCUCGAUGAGGUGAUAUUUGCAGCUGAAAGUAUUGAUGUUCAUACUAAAGAUGAAGCUGAGCGUUAUGAAGGUCGAGUAGUACAUAUUGUAGGACCUCUAAGAGUACUGGAACCUAUAUCAGAACCUGAUUAUAACAUUCACGUACAGGCUGUGAAGUUGAGGAAGAGAGUUCAAAUGUACCAGUGGAUUGAAGAAACAAUGGAAACAGAUAAUUUCUUAAGUGAGCCAGCAGAAGAAACUCAAAAGACUUAUUGGUAUCAUAAAGAUUGGAGAGAUUAUGUGGUGGACUCUGCAUUGUUUUACAUUAGACCUGGUCAUCAUAAUCCAACUUCUAUGCCAAUGUUUAGUGAAACACACAUUGCUGAAUAUGUUAAAAUUGGAUGGAUGAAUCUGGGCUUAGAUGUAAAGCGUAAAGUAAAUGAUUACUAUGAAAUAUGGUCCGAUUCUAGACCUGAUCGAAGUGACAUCAAACUGCAUUCUGGAUUCUACUAUCACGGGAACAGUGCCCUGGAGCAUGAAAUAGGUGAUCUACGAAUUCAUUUCUCUUAUGCGGGACGAGAGGAUGACAUUUACACAGCAGUUGGUUUGGUUGAGAGAGGUGUUCUUCAACCGUACAGUCCGAAGAAUUUUCCAACUGCAGACCCAUUGUCCCUCAUGAGGAAAGGCUCGUAUAGCUUGAAACAUUUGUAUGAUCUAGAGAAACAUCAUGCAAACACCCACACUUGGAAAUACAGACUACUCGGUUUAAUACAAGUUUUUGCAUCAGCAAUGACAUUACAUCCAGAAUGGCUAACACUUUUCAUGCAAUGCAAGUGGAUUUCAAACAGUUUAAGACGCUGCACAAGACUUUGGAUUAAUUUAGUUCUAUCUUUUUCAUAUACACUGCUAAUAAUAUCAAUACCAUGGUUUCUACAUAAACCGUCGUUCGGAGCUAUUGUGCUCGGUGUGGCUUUACUGCCCAUACUUCACUAUUCGAAUUUGCUUACACGUGACCAGCCUGGUUCUGUAAGAUAUUCAAGAUGGGAAGAUCGUUAACAUGAGAACUAAACAAUUAAAUUAUUUUGAACUCUUCAAGUGAGCUAUGAUUGAUUUGUAAAUACAACUUUAAGAUCUGCCAACAUCAAUAUCAUAAAAUUAAAAUGAAGAUAUUCCUACUAUGUUGUGGGUUAAUUUUUCCGCAUACUUUAAUUGCAUUAUUACUUACAUAUGAAAUAUAUCAUAAAUAUUAAAGAAGGGUAAUUUAGGUAAAUUUAGUGUCAAGAGUAUACAAGUAUUAGUCUAAUAGAUAUUGUAUAUGGCGAUAUGGCGUUAUAUUACCAUAUUUAAGAACUUUUUAUCUUUUUGCAUUUUAAUAAAAAUAUGUAAUCGUUCCGUGGACGGGUUUUGUUUGAUUUAAUUAAUAGAUAUUUGUAUAAACUAUCGUUGGCUGAACUCUAGAAGUAACUCUUUGGCUGAUCGGAUUUAUGUGCCUGUGAUAUUCCAAUAAAUAUUUUAUGUCAAUUGACAUUCGAAUCAAUUAUAGAUAUACACAUUCGCAUCAGAUUAAAAAAGAAUCGAUCGAAAUUAAUUUCGAUUAUUUUCUUUUAAAUAUUGAUAUCAUUAUCAUGUAAUUAAAAAAAGUUAUUA